AAGCAAUAAAAUGUAUGUUUAAACCUGAAAAAAAACAAUAACAUGUUUACUUACGUAGACAGAGCUGCUGCUCCUGCCGUUCCGGGAUUCUUCCUCCCAGGUUCCGAUUAAAUUUGCGGUGAAAAUCCUCAUUUGACAGGUUCGAGCGCGCGUUGAGCAAUUAUUCCCGACCAGCGCCCGACAAGGAUAAUUAGAUUACUCCCAUGCACCGCCAUCGGUGUAGCACGGAAAAAGGGAAAAACAACCAUCUUCUAGCCGCCGCCGUAUCUCGAGAAGUCAAUGCAAGAUUUUCAUCCAUCGCUAAAAUAAAAAAAGAGAGAAGUAAGAGAAUAAUAUUAGCAUAAUGUUUGCUAGUGAACGUGACUUGCAUCGCACCAUCACACCAACAGGAACAGGAACUUACCACCAAAAGCGGGUAUAAAAGCUGCAGUACCGCACCAUUCGGGACUGCAGAGAGCGACUGCUUGCCGGUGCGCUGUGAACAAACCCAAGUGAGCAGUGAGUGUGUUACCGCGUUACCAUGGCACGGGUAACGCUUGCGCUGGCCGUUUCCCUGGCAGCUUACGCGGCCUACUACUACGUGCACUUUGCCGAAGCGCAACCGAUCGGAUCGUUGGUACUGGCGGUACCACACUCCCAGCAGCAGCAGCAGCCCGGUUCGUCCACCUUCGACGAGGGCACUAUAAAUCAUCUUCAGCAGCAGCACCAACGGCUCAAGGAUACGAACGUUUACCGAGCGAGAUCGAAAAUGCGACCGCACGAUCGAAAGUACCCUGGCGUAAUUGGUGCCUAUCAAGCGUACCGCCGGACUGUACAAGGACCUCAGCUGAUACAGCGUAACCCGGCCACAGCGGACCGGUUUGCCGACGAUCCGGCUGUGGACGAGCAGGACCAGAUGCGGUUUAGCUUGGAGGGUUUUCUAACCGGCGCCAGGACGCCAACACUGCUGAACGAUGACGAGGAGGAGGAGGAGGACGAGGAUCAUGAGCAGGGAGGUGAUGGGUUGGUGAAACGGUUCGACGAUUAUGGCCACAUGCGGUUCGGCAAGCGGGGCGGCGAGGGCGACCAGUUCGAUGACUAUGGGCACAUGCGGUUUGGCCGAUAAGCAGGCGGGAUAAAGGGACAUUCGAAGGGGCUUUGGAAGUAGGUGGUGGUGUGUGUAUUUUUUGUGGGGAAAACACUUGUUUGUACGGUUACUAGCGCAAAAAAAAAACAAAAAAAUGCAAUAUGGGGUGGUAAAUAAAGCAAAACUGCUCUGUCUGUGUGUGUGAAGUAUACUCUGAACAAUUACUAUUUCUCAUUAAUGCAUUUUUAUAAUUACAUUAAAAUGAAAAAAAAAGAUUUUUCUAAAUAUUCACCACCAUUCAACUUCACCCGGAAAAGUUCCAGUUCCGGCAUGGGUUUUCCGCUUUAUUUUUAAAUGUUACAAAUUUCGAUUGAAUUACGCACUAGAAAAUGAGAUGAAAUGCUGCUGCAGGAAGGAGAUGUGAAACAACAAAUUCGAGAGGGAUGGUUCGCCGGGAGGGGGGGAAGGUGGUCACUGGAAGCAACG